UACAUUACAUUACAUUACAUUUCAUUUGGCAGACGCUUUUGUCCAAAGCGACUUACAAUAAUGAAGUACAAAAGUAAUAGGAAUUUAGAUAACCCAUUUUUAGAUAGGGCUUAAAGGAGGUCGAAGGGAAAUAAAGGGAUAGAGAAGUGAAGGAGGGGAAGAAGGAAAUGGGGUUAGAAGUAGUUAGUGUGUUAGAGGUGUUAGGAGAGUAAGUGCUCUUUGAAGAGCUCUGUCUUCAGGAGUCUCUUAAAGAUAGCGAGAGAUUCUCCUGAUCUGGUAGUGGAAGGUAGUUUGUUCCACCAUUGGGGAACUCUGUAUGAGAACAGUCUGGAUUGCUUUGUGUGAGUGUUUGGCAAAGCGAGGCGACGUUCAUUGGAGGAGCGCAGCGGCCGGGAGGUAGCGUAAGCCUUCAGGAGUGAGUGCAGGUAGGAAGGAGCCUGUUCUGUCAUCACCUUGUAGGCGAUUGUAAGAGUUUUAAAUUUGAUGCGAGCAUCAACUGGUAGCCAGUGGAGCUCAAUGAGCAGCGGGGUGACAUGCGCCCGUUUUGGUUGGUUGAAGACCAGACGUGCUGCUGCAUUCUAGAUCAUUUGGAGUGGUUUUACUACGCAGGCCGGGAGGCCAGUUAGCAGGGCAUUGCAGUAGUCGAGGCGUGAGAUGACGACUGCUUGUACCAGGAGUUGGGUGGCCUGUUGCGUCAGAAACUGUCUAAUUUUCCUGAUGUUAUAAAGCGCGAAGCGGCAGGAUCGAGCAACCGAGGCCACAUGGUGCGUGAAGGAGAGAACUAAGAAUUCAGAACUAAGGAGAAUGUAGAAGAUGGACCUGCAGCUUAAAGGAACAGCAUCUCUGGUGUUCAGCUGAAGCUCCUCCACGAUGGAGUCUCAUCUCUCCACAUCUGGAGGAGAACCCCCUGUCCCACAACUACAGACAUCCACAGCAGAACCUUCAGAACCAGGCAGUGUGUCUGUGCAGAGCAACAUGUCAAUGUCAAAUCCUUAUAACUUCAGUAAAGAAGAAGAUCCUUCAGAGUCUAGCUGUGUGUCUAUAAAGAGUAACAAGUCACUGGUCAAUCCUUAUGACUUCAGUAAAAAAGAAGAUCCUCCAGAGUCUAGCUGUGUGUCUAUGAAGAGUAACAAGUCACUGGUCAAUCCUUAUGACUUCAGUAAAGAAGAAGAUCCUCCAGAGUCUAGCAGUGUGUCUAUGAAGAGUAACAAGUCACUGGUCAAUCCUUAUGACUUCAGUAAAGAAGAAGAUCCUCCAGAGUCUAGCUGUGUGUCUAUGAAGAGUAACAAGUCACUGGUCAAUCCUUAUGACUUCAGUAAAGAAGAAGAUCCUCCAGAGUCUAGCUGUGUGUCUAUAAAGAGGAACAAGUCACUGGUCAAUCCUUAUGACUUCAGUAAAGAAGAAGAUCCUCCAGAGUCUAGCUGUGUGUCUAUGAAGAGUAACAAGUCACUGGUCAAUCCUUAUGACUUCAGUAAAGAAGAAGAUCCUCCAGAGUCUAGCUGUGUGUCUAUGAAGAGUAACAAGUCACUGGUCAAUCCUUAUGACUUCAGUAAAGAAGAAGAUCCUCCAGAGUCUAGCUGUGUGUCUAUGAAGAGUAACAAGUCACUGGUCAAUCCUUGUAACUUCAGAAAUAAAGAGCCCAGCUGUGUGUUUGUGAAGAGCGACAACGCAGUUUUUGAACCUCCUGACUUGAGUACUGGAGAACCUGGUAUUAAUCCAAGGGGGAGGAGUGGUCUGAUCCAGGAUCAGUACAGUUGUGGAGUGUGUGAGCAGCUUCUGACAGAUCCAGUCUCGAUCACCUGUGAACACAGUUUCUGCAGACGGUGUAUCAACAGCUUCUGGAACAGAACUGCUCUGUCAGGAGACUUUAUCUGUCCCUGUUGCAGAAAGAGAUCUAGAACACGUCCUGCUCUACAUCCACACAUAGAGGAGUCUAUAAAUCAGGAUUCCUACCAACCAGUGGAUGAUGUUCUGCAGAGAAUAUUACAGAAACACAAAACCAGCAUGAAGAACAAAUACGAGAGCUUAUAUGAAGUAAUCAAAACACCACAGAAUAGAACCCUCCUGAACAGGAUUUACACUCAGCUCUACAUCAUAGAGGGAGAGAGUGAAGGAGUGAAUGAAGAACAUGAGGUUCUACAGAUGGAGAGAAAAAAAGAAGAUACUUACAGAACACUCCAAUUAACUGCUCAGAUAUUUUUAAACCUGUAGAAGAUCCUGAAGAAAAAACUAAGGACAAGAACAUUAGAGCUGCAAUGGAUAGUGGCCUCAGAAAAAGCAAAAGUAUAGAAGAU